AUGCAUCAAUAUUUCGCGGUGGCCGUCGGAUUUGGCAUUUUUCUCAUGGCGACGUUGUAUUUUGCCCCUAACUCUUCAAUUAUCUCUACAAAGAGCAUUUCUAUAUCGGACGACACUAGAUGGGAAGCGGUGAUCAAGAAAUAUCGUGUUUGCAUGCAGCGACACCCAAAAUUGCGGACCCCGGACUCGACCUGGGCUGAUGGAUCCGGGCAGGCCGUGCGUGAUUGCUAUAAAUUUGGGCCCAACAUAAUUUCUGUCGAGAACCAGGAUGAGGCCAAAAGAUUGAUAUUAAUGAAUAAUCCGCGAGAAAACUGCACAUUUGUCACUCUGGGUAUUGGGAAGGACGCGAUGGCUGAGGCCAAAGUAAAGGCAAUGAUGCCGAAUUGUAAAUUCUACGGCGCCGAUCCAGUUUUGGAAGAAAACAAGGCCGUAUAUGAAAAUGUCGGUGAGUACCACCAGUUGGCAAUUUCCGGCAACAACGUCGCAGAUUCGAGUAUAUUAACAAAAUCCGGGUACCAAACGCGCAAAAAGAUGCCGGCAAUGCCGAUGUAUCAAUUCUUUGGGGAAAUCGUCAAAUCAAAAACGAUAGAUUACUUAUUUGUCGAUAUCGAAUACGCGGAAUACGAUUUAUUCGAUUAUUUACAGGCUGGGAAAGCGCUGGAAAAUGGAUUUACGAUUUGUCAGAUAAACCUUGAAGCUCACAUUGCGCAAAAUAUAGAGCAAAAGGUUAAAUACAUGGAGUUUAUCCGGAAAUUAGUAAACGAAGGCCACUACGCGUUGGCAUAUGAUGACAAUACGAUUGGGCAUCAUAGGAUCUUCUUCUACAACCACAGAGCCCCGGCAUGUCGCAGAAAAUUCAUGCCAUUUUCU